UGAGAGUAACAUGACAAAGGUCUUCGUAGUAGCCAUUUUGAGUAUACCUCGUUCGUAUCGUGUUAUAUCACUUGUAAGAAGAAGGGCUUUUGAACUAGAUAGUUAAAGCAUGAAAUGGCUUUUACAAACCGUGCAUCACAAAGCUUCCUAACACACGCUCGACUUUGGUAUUUGGUAGAUGCAAGGGAUCAAGUAUGCGGUCGUUUGGCUGGCUAUAUUGGUCAAAUCCUCCAAGGCAAAACAAAGCCCAUAUAUCAUCAUGCUAUUGACGUAGGAGACUAUAUUGUUGUCGUAAACACUAAAGAUAUUGUUCUCUCUGGUUCAAAGUGGAAUAAUAAACUUUAUCGACAUCAUACGGGGUUUCCAGGAGGUCUGAAAGAAAUCAGAGCAAGAGACUUGCAUAAAAGAGAUUCAACACGUGUUUUGUGGAGAGCUGUGUAUGGGAUGCUGCCUAAAAACAAUCUAAGACCAAUAUGGAUGAAGAGGCUGUUUUUGUUUGACGAUGAAAAUCACCCUUAUGCUCAAAACAUAUUUUCCAAGUUAGAAACUCCUGCAUUAAUACCUAAGAGGCUUCACGAAUAUAGUUCAGAAGAAGUAGCUAAUUUUCCUAAAAUUUUGUACUAAAUUCUUAAUACUUCGCAGUGUUUGUCAGUUCAUUUACUUGACUACAAUAAAACUAUUCCUUAGAGGGAAAGAGGUCCAUUUUUUUUACGAUAAAAGAACAUCUCUUUUCUAUCAAUAUCUGUCUCUCCUCUUAUUGAUGAUAAAAAUCAGCCAAUCAGGGCACAAGAAAUUUGUAAGUUAUUGUAAAAUAGCGAUUGAGCUCCUAAUCUUAUUUGUAAUUAAAAGAAAGUGACGUCAUACACGCAACAUUUAAAAAUUUACAGCUUCUU